GCAUGAAAGGUUUAUCUGUCUAUAAAAUGUUGAAAUGUAAACCAGAUAUUUGAUAAAGACUCAGUUAGAUCCAUUUCUUCAUAUCCAUUUAAUCAGCUGUUGAACAGUGUUCAAUGAAACAUUUUCAUUGAGUCUUACGACACUUGUAAACUUAAAUAUAUACAUGUAUAUGUUCACCGCGAUGUGCGUAAAAUAUAAACGUCUUUUGAACCGUAAACAACUAUAUAGAAUGACUAUCUGAUUACUGUAUAUAGCUGUUUAGUGUUUACCCGUGUUAUAAUAAAACUAGAUCACUGGAUAUUUUUGUUAUUAAGACGGAUACUUGCAAGUAGAUAAAGGAGGGUGACACCUGUUAACUGCUUUCCAAUGUUCAUCCAAAUCAUCUACAAGAUUUUAUUCACAUGGCUGGUGACAAGAUGUUCUGGUAGACUUUUAGACCCAUCCCUCUUUAAAAAUGUACUUGACGAUGUUGCCAACAACGGCCUUGGUGUUAACCAAAUACAAGACCAUUUCAACUCUCUCACAUACACGGACACCUCUGUGGAUGGGUCGAGCCUAGCAACGGAGAUAUCAUCCUCAUUGAGCAGUAAAUUUAAUGGUCCAAUCCAAGCAUUGAAAAACCUGAAAACGGCUAUAGAAGCCGAGAUUGGAAAUUUCCGAACGUCUACGAGCAUUGUCGAGUGUUGCCGAGCAAGAGGGACGACUUACAACAGUCGAUUUCGAAGCACGGUUAACAUGAAUGAGGCAUGCAUAACUAAGUCCGAAAACUCGCCGAGUUCUAUCCGGUAUCCAAACAACCGGAUCGUCGAGGUGAUGAAGAAAAAUUACCAAGAAAAUCCGGAACUAAAGUGGCAGUAUUUAGGCACUGAGGAUGGAAUACUCAUGAAUUACCCAUCAUUUAAAUUUUCAACUUGUAGAGACUACGAUCCUAGAUUUAGACCGUUUUAUGUAAGUUCGGCGACACCAGUUGAAAAAGAUGUGGUCAUCGUAAUCGACAAAUCAGGAUCAAUGAAUGCACUGCACCAAACUCAAACACUUAUACAGAUUGCCAAACAGGCGGCAAAUACUGUGUUGCAGACGUUAAAUCCAAACGACAGGUUUACUGUAAUCGCAUUCUCGUCUGGUGCGGAAGUUCUUGGCUCGCGGUAUCGAGACUGUAUAAAGUCCUAUGAGUUAUCGGAAGCCACGCCCAUGAACAUUAAAUUCAUUGAAGGUGAAAUAAAUAGACUGUCAGUCGAUGGAAAGACCAACUACGAGGCAGCAUUAGACACCGCCUUUAAAUUUUUUGAAAAAUCACCACGAAAUAUAAGCGGGGAAAGCAGAGAAAAGGUGAUAUUAUUUCUAACUGAUGGGGAGAAAACCGCAGGCGGAGACCCCUUAUCUCUAAUUGCCAAAAGGAACGGUGACCUUGAAAACGAGAUUGUGAUCCUGACGUAUGGAGUUGGAGCUUAAAGGAAUAUUUGAACAUAUAAAAGAUCCGUCCAAGCUUCGGUCGGCCAUGGCAUCAUAUUACAACAAAUUCAGCAAGGACAGCAGCACCCAGGAAGAGGUUACUUUCACUGUGCCAUAUUACGACAUGUUUGGCUUAG